AUGGCUUACGGAUUUCUUAAAAUUAAUGGUGCCCGAUUGCAAUACUGCGAAAGCGGCCCGGAUAACGGACAUCUAGUUAUUACUCUACAUGGAGGUCGAGGCUUUGGAUCUAAAGAAGCAGACUUUAGUGUCUACUCUCGACUCUCCCAAUACGGUUACAAGGUGGUUGGCUUUGAUUUUAGAGGACAUGCAAACUCCUCAUUGACCCCUCCGUUCACAUUUCAUCAAAUAGUCGAUGAUAUAGACGGUGUACGUGCUCAUUUUGCUGGUUCCGACGGUCAAUGCAUUCUAAUAGGGGGCAGUUUUGGUGGUUUUAUUGCACAGCAAUACGCCAUUACUUACCCAGAUCACGUGUCCCAUUUGAUUCUAAGAGGAACUGCUCCCAGCUAUCAUCAUGAAGAAGAGGCGUUCAAAGUGUUGGCCAGCCGAUUGGAUAAAGUGCCAAAUGCAUCCAUUUCCAUGCUCAAAAAGGUAUUCUCCAGGUUUGAAAGCGACCAGGAGAUGCAAUUGGUCAUGUUCGCACUUUCUCCUCUAUAUUCAGAAGAGUAUAACCCUGAUAAAGGUCUACAAAGCUGCUUGAAAACCAAGUACAGAUCUGAAACCCACAACGAUCUCUACUCUGAAACAGAGAAAUACUUUGACUACCGUAGUCAGCUUCCAUAUUUGAAAGUGAAAACCUUGAUAUUUGACGGAAAAGAGGAUUGGAUUUGUCCUAUUAGCCAAUCAGAGGAGUUGCAUAGGUUGAUUCCCAAUUCUGUUCUUUAUAUAAUCCCUCAUGCCAAUCAUAGUGUUCAUCUGGAAUUUCCUGACUUGGUUGUCUCCAAACUACUACUCUUUUUGACUGGUAAAGUCGACGAUUCCUUUGAACUCUAG